GAAAUGAUCUGUUUCUAGUUGCAGUGCAUGAACUGGGACAUGCCCUGGGCUUGGAGCACUCUAAUGAUCCCACUGCAAUCAUGGCUCCAUUUUACCAGUAUAUGGAAACUGACAACUUCAAACUACCUAAUGAUGAUUUACAGGGCAUCCAGAAGAUAUACGGUCCACCUGACAGGAUCCCACCACCAACAAGACCUCUGCCAACAGUGCCCCCACAUCGUUCAGUCCCUCCAGCAGACCCGCGGAAGAAUGACAGGCAACCUAAACCUCCCCGGCCACCCACUGGUGACAAACCUUCCUAUCCCGGAGCCAAGCCUAACAUCUGUGAUGGGAACUUCAACACUCUGGCUAUUCUUCGCCGGGAAAUGUUUGUUUUCAAGGAUCAGUGGUUUUGGCGAGUCAGAAACAACAGGGUGAUGGAUGGAUACCCCAUGCAGAUUACCUACUUCUGGAGGGGACUGCCUCCCAGCAUUGAUGCAGUUUAUGAAAACAGUGAGGGGAAUUUUGUCUUCUUUAAAGGUAACAAGUUCUGGGUUUUCAAGGACACUACUCUCCAGCCAGGUUAUCCUCAUGAUUUGAUAACACUUGGAAGCGGAAUUCCUUCCCAUGGCAUUGAUUCAGCAAUUUGGUGGGAAGAUGUUGGGAAAACCUACUUCUUCAAAGGAGAUAGGUACUGGAGGUACAGUGAAGAAAUGAGAUCCAUGGACCCUGGUUAUCCCAAACCAAUCACAAUUUGGAAAGGUAUCCCAGAAUCUCCUCAGGGAGCCUUUGUCCACAAAGAAAAUGGCUUCACAUAUUUCUACAAAGGAAAAGAGUACUGGAAAUUCAAUAACCAGAUGCUCAGGGUGGAACCUGGCUAUCCCAGAUCCAUCCUCAAGGAUUUUAUGGGUUGUGAUGGACCAACAGACCGAGAUAAAGACCGACACAGCCCUCAAGAUGAUGUUGACAUUGUCAUCAAACUGGACAACACAGCCAGCACUGUGAAAGCCAUAGCCAUCGUCAUUCCCUGCAUCCUGGCCUUGUGCCUCCUUGUCUUGGUUUACACUGUGUUCCAGUUCAAAAGGAAAGGAACACCCCGCCACAUACUGUACUGCAAACGCUCUAUGCAAGAGUGGGUGUGAUGUAGGGUUUCGGUUUUUUUCUUUCCCUCCCAGGAGUUUGUGGUAACUUGAGAUUCAACACAAGAGCUGUUAUGCAGUUUCCUAGCUAGGAGCGGGCAUCUGUCAGUCUGAAACAAAGCUGAUCUUUAAAACCCAGGGGGUUGCCUGUCCUGCGCAUGAGUGGCGAUUCGCUCAGCUGGGAAGCUUCCAUGAUACAAAGUAUCUGCUGUUUCUUCAGUCCUUUGUCUUUCUUUGUCAUUCAAUUCUAGGCCUUUCCUCUGCACGCUCAAUGCCCUAUAAACUAUCAGGAUUAACUAACGAAGGGGAAAAAAAAAAAUCUCCAGUGUUUCUACAUUUUUCCCUUAAGGCCUGUUCCCCUUUGAAAAAUUUUUUGCUGAAAGUAAAUUUUUUUAGAAAAACACAACAACCCACAAUGGAACUUUCAGGAAAGUGAGAAGACCCAAAACAGCUUUGUCUCCAAAGAGGAUUGCUUUCUGUCUGCUACGGAUAAAGUCCUAUACUCCUACUUCCAGUUUUGUCAGGUGGGAGAUUCGGAUGACACGCAGGACUUCAGACUGUUCGGACAGCCAUUUUCCAACAAACAAGGGGCCAAAAUAUCUGCAAUAUAGUAACAGCCUUAAUAAUACAUUCAUUUUGUGUUUUUUACAGCUGCUCUGGGCUAUGUCCUCGAUGUUUUAAACUCAUUUAUAUUCAUUACUAUAUUCAAGCAGAACCUUUUUAUUGGUUUGUUUGAUUUUUGGUUGGUUUUCCUGCAUAAUCUUUCCCAAGCUGUACCAAGCCAACUGCCCCAGGCCUUUCAUAGGUCUGUCAGGAGCACUCAUUCCAAAGCAUGGUAAAAAGCAGUGUGUCUCUGAAGUGGAUUUCAGUGAACUAAAGCAACAGUCAUGCUAUAGAGAAACCUGAUGCUGGUAUUACAUUGGUGGUGUAACCCUUUGAGAACUAUUGCAUCUGUUUUCAGAGUCUGGUGGAUGUUAAUCUUGGUUGUCAUUAAAUUAUAGGAUUGUGUUUGGGUAAUACAGGUUUUAAAAGAAAAUCAGUUUUUCAAAACAGAUUUCCUGUGACUGCAAGUGAGUGUUUUUAAUUAUUUGCAUUAUUGAUAGAAAAGCAUUUGUAACAUAAAUAAAAUAUAUUUACCAGCUACUUUCUGGUUAAAGGAACCAAACCUAUUUUAAUAACUUCUACCACUUACCAAGAAUUUUUCUGAACUGGCGACAGUUUUAUAGCUUAGCCUUUUAUCUUAAGCAUCUUGAAUUUAUCUUUUAAACUAUGUUGCAUGAUAAUUCAAUUUGCCUCUGCAGAGGUGAAGUUACAGUUUCAAAGGAAAGUUAAAACAAUGACUCUGAUAUUGCAUGAGUAUCCUCCAGUGUGUUACCCCUUUGCAUGUUCACCAUAGUUCUCAAAGGGUUAGUCAAAUUUCUGGCCUUCAGCAGAACAUGAUAUCACUGACAGAGCCAAGGGACCACCAAAGCAUUUUGUCAUUCUGUGUAAUUUGUGCUAACAGCAGUAUUGUCAUUUUCAUGUGACCUGCAGAGCAGGUUUGUAUCAAUAUUUUUUUCCUAGAGAAAAGUCAGCAACUGACAGACCUCUUUAUUGAUUUUAGGAGCUGCUUCUUGCAGUGAUAGGCUUUACAGUCACUGGGCUGUGAACUUAUUAAAGAUGGUCAGAAUGAUGCACCCCAAAAGUCAGACACCUGGUUUUUUAUGAAAGCCAGGAUUUGAGGGGAGUAGCUUUUGCAACAAUGAACAGCUUGCCUUGAACUUGAUUAUUGACCUGUUGACUGUCAUUACCAAGUUAAACAUUGUCUUCUGUGAACAGCUUCACUGUCUGAAUUUCCUUAAAGUGUACUGUCCUAUGUCUUUGAUCUUUGACCUUUAACUUGCAAACUGGCACAAACUGAAGGGAAUCUGGUGUUGCAAAUGAACUAAGACAAGUUUUGUUUCUUGAAAGGCCUGAUAUACAUCAUCCAAAAUUCAAGAAAAAAACACUGAAGUGUUUUCAUAGAAAAGAACUGACAUAAACUAAAAUAUUUAUGAUAAAUCUGUAGAAGGGUAUUUUGCUAUGUAUACAUGCACACUCUAAAAAUGAACUACAGUAGAAGUUAAUUUUUAUUUAACUUGAAUAAAAUUUUCAGUAUAAAAUUAUCAUUUCUACAAAUAGCUAGUUAUUAAUGAAAAGGUUAUAGCAAAGUAUUAAAAUACUUGAAAUGGCCAGUAUUGGCUUUUACAUAAAAUGAGACUUUUAUACUACGUUCAACCAAUUUCUUACUGGUUUCUUAAUCCAUAUAUAACUGGAUCACUUUUUAGAGAGUGUAGGUAUAUAUACAUAUAUGUUAUGGUUAUUAUUAUUUUGGUAAUGGAUAGCUUGACUGCCUUGAAUUUAUAUUUAUAUUGAGCAUAGCAUGAAAAAUAGUAUGCCUUUUUGUUCAAUUACAUGAUUUUAUAUUGAUUUGAGGACUUAUUUUAUGAACAUAUGUGGCAUGCUAUAAAGCAUUGCGAACUUAUUUCUUAGAGCAUAAACAAAUAUGCAUAUGUAUGGCUAACAAAAAUGAAGAUUAGAAAAAGGUAUAGUUUUACAACAAAUAUGCAAUGCAGAUGGCAUUUUGGAGAUGUUUUUUAGAGGUACUGCAUACUGUAGGUUAGAAGUGCACCAGUAUCAGCCCAUAGCAUUAUUUAGUAAAUCCAAUUCAGUUGUUGCUGAAAAUAUAGAUUAAUUGACAGUUAAGUAACAUAGGAUAUUUACUGCACAUCAGCUCAUUUGGUGAAUUCAGAAUUCCAUGCCUGUUUGUCAUAUAUAUUAAAAUGUGUGUGUGUGUUUGUGUACUUAUAAAUGCGCACACACACAUACACAUACAUGCAUAUUUUAAUCGAUGGAGAGAUUUUUAUUGUCAACAAACUACUAUAACUUAUGUUCUGCUACAGACAGAACGAAAUGAUUCAUGUUGCUGUUCCAAUUUUGUCCCUUGGGUAGCCGGUGGAAAAUACUAACAGCACUACUUCUUCUGCAUUUGGUUUUCCUCUACAAUAGGAGAACUUAUUUUAUAACCUCUUUAAGUCAGAACAGCAUCUCAUCUGGGUUUUUAUUCUCUUGAAAAUUUCACUUCAAUUUUGAAAUAUCUUUCAUGGCAGCUUUAACUUUUUGUGCAACUGUUUCCCUGACAGUAAUGAAGUGCUGAGCAUGUUGACUGUUGUUCUUUGAUAAGGUAAUAAAAAUGUUUGUAUUUGGAGAAUUUAACUUUAAUUAUGCAGGAAGGUAAGUGUGAUAAGUCUAGUGCUUGGUAUAUGGUACAUCAUAGAUACAUGAAUACAUGAUAAGUUGAUUGUUUAAUCUAUUUUCUGUUACUUAAAAGUGCAUAUAUAUUAUAUACAGAGAGAGGGAGAAAAAAUAUUAUAUUGGCAUGUUUAUGUCAUGAAGAGCAAGACUGUGUCAACAUUUCUAUUACAUACUCCUAUUUUCAGUAGGUUAUAACACAGUCAUAAAGGUUUGCUUUAAGUAAAAGAUGUAGGAGCAAUUGUGUUCACUGUAAUUCCCAAAUACAUACUGGCUAGUUUCAAAUUGUAGAAGUUCAGAGUAAAUUAGUGAUGUUGCCUGAUCUAGUUUUGAACUCAAAUGAGUAAAAGUUCUAAGACAAUCUUAUUUUUUGAACAGUUGUUUUUCUACCAGGGCCUAUAAUUAUGAGAAUUAAGAAAAAACAAAUUGAAAAUAUUUUCAGUUCUGCAAUCUGGGUUCCUGCUCAUGUGCCGUAACUUUUUUCAUAAAGUUUUUAAUAAACAUUUCCAUAUU